GCGUUCCACUAAGCGUUCACAACGAUCACGCUCACGACCACAGUUUUUCCCGUUCCACUUGCCUGCGAGCGUUACUGUCAUAAACCCAAGUGGAAUAGAUUAUGGUUCGUUUUGAGCGUGGAGGUAAAUAAUACAAAUGGCGAGCUAGUGAAAAGAAAACAAAAUAUUGAAGAGGUUAAGCUUUAAUCUGUAAGCCUUAAAAAUAAACUCAAAUAAUUAUUGAUUACACUGCUAAUCAGGGUUGUAUUUAAUUAACUUACGUUCAAAUAUUAUUAAAAUGUCUUUGACGGCAACAGUUGGAUAUUUAGUAAUGCGUCGUAAUAAUGCUCCAGAAAGUAGUAGUUCAUCCAGUUCAGAUGAAGAAUGGUCUACAAUUUCACAAAAAUAUGAUUGUGAAAAAAGAAAAUUUCGACCACGUAUUAUUGAUUACGAUAACGUAGUUUAUCGUUAUUCAGAUGAUGAAUUCAAAAGUCAUUUCAGAUCCGUCUGCGACAGAUUUAACGUAGGACGAGCUACUGCCGUAAGGGCUGUACGUCGAGUUUGUCAUGCUUUAUUCAGAAGAGCCUCAAGAUUUAUACAAUGGCCUACGGGAGAUGGUGCUAUUGAAGUAAUGCGUGGAUUUGAGAGAGCAAGUGGUUUUCCUAAAACAAUAGGAGCCAUUGAUGGGACUCACAUUCGUAUAAAUGCUCCAAAACAAAAUCCAGUAGAUUAUAUCAAUCGGAAAGGAUUCCAUUCUGUUCAACUACAGCUGGUAUGUGACCACAAGGCUCUGAUAACCCAUUGUUAUGCUGGAAAUCCAGGAUCUGUUCAUGAUCAAAGAGUUUUGCGUUUGUCAGAAGUUGCAGAGUACUUAAACGAUGACAAUGCAUUUCCUGAAGACAGUCAUAUUUAA